AUGGCGCCCAAGAAGAAGCGCGUGCCGAGCGCGGGGCGCCGGUCGGCUGUGGCAGGAGAGGGCGCUGAGCCGCCGCUGUCGGAGCGCGCUCAGUACCUGCAGCGCGAGUACAAACUGCUCUCGGAGCAGCUGGACGCCUGCGAGCAGCGCGUCGACCAGAUGCUGCAAGAGAACGCCUUCCUUGACCGCGAGGCGCUGCGCCUGCGCGAGGAGAACCGGCUCUACGCCAGCUACGUGAGCGCUCGCGCGCAGCGCUGCGCCAACGCCAUCGUCCGGCUGGACGAACAGAACCGCGUGGACCUGACGCUCAUCCACUGGCAGCGCGAAGAGCUGGCGUCGCUCUACCGCGGGCGUGAGGACGGGGUGCGCGCACAGUUGCUGGAGACGGAGGCGCGCGCGGCGCGGAUGGCGCAGCAGGUGCAGGAGCUGCAGCCCUACAAGGAGCUGCAGCUCGAGCAGCUGGCCCGCAUUCGGGCGUUGGAGCGGGAGCUGCUGCACAUGCGCGUGGAGCACACGCAGCUGCUCCACCGCGUGAAGCGGCGCUUCCUGGAGGACAAGGCAGCCUUCGAGCGCGAGGCGCGCCAGCGAGUGCAGUCCCUGGCCCGGCGCGCGGAGCGGGAGGCGGCGCGCGCGCUCGUCGCGCACAUGCAGGCCAUCAAAGCGGAUAAUGGGCGCCUGCGGCAGGAGAUGGUGCGGCUGCUCCGCCGGGCGCAGCUGCUGCAGGCCACGCGGCGCCAGCUGCUGGAGCAGCGAGACCAGCUGCGGCGCGAGCACGAGGACACGCGGGACCUGGCGCGCGUGCAUGGCUGGCUGCGCCGGGGCCCUGAGGGCCCGCCGUUGUGGCAACCGCCGCCGGCCGCCUCGCGCCCCGUCUCCUUGGCCUCCUUCACAAACCUGUCCCUCGCGACCUCCCGGCUCCCUUCAGUCUCGGCCUCCCGGAACCCGUCUCAGGUCUCAUGGAGCGCGGCUGCUUGGACCCCGUCCCUGCUCUCCAAGCUCGCCGUUCCUCGGGUCCCGUCAUUGAUCCCGUGGCUUUUGGGCUCCGGGGUCCCAUCGCUGGCCCCUUCGAAGAUGGAUUCACCGGUCCUAUCCCGGGCGCCAUCGCACGUGGGCUCCGGGGUCCCGUCCCUGACCCAGUCCCGCCCGGGCUCCAGGGUCCCGUCCCUGACCCCGUCCCACCCGGGCUCCCGGGUCCCGUCCUUGACCCAGUCCCGCCCGGGCUCCCGGGUCCCGUCCUUGACCCAGUCCCGCCCGGGCUCCCGGGUCCCGUCCUUGACCCAGUCCCGCCCGGGCUCUCGGGGCUCUUCGCGGUCCUCAUUGCGCGCGGCCUCACAGAACACCACUCUCUCUGGGAAGUCCGUCCCUGGAUCAGGCUCUUCCCGGUUCCCAGUUGAAGAAGACUGCGAACAUGACGCUGCAGCCGAAGCCACCUCGAGGAGAGUCUGAACCUCCCUGAAGAAAGGCCAGUGAGGCCAGACGGUGGGGGGAGAGGGGUGUGCAGGACGCAGAUUUGGUGAGUGGAUUAUCAAUAAAGGUGUGACCCCCUCCACCUUA